AUGGAAACGAUUCAAGUUCCGUUUCGUUCUAUUUGUCAUAUUAUAGGCAAAAAAUAUUCUAAAAUUUGCGAAAUUGAAAGAAGUUCCAAGGCUCAAUGUACUAUCAAGCAAAACAUCAUAGAAGUGAAAGGCACAGAUGAGGCUAGAAAGAUUGCCCUUAGUUUGAUCAAAGAUUGCAUCUGGAACAGUAUUGUACUUUAUAAUCACCCAAUAGAAGCUAUUAUCGCACUUCAACCACCAUUGGCCAGACUCAAAACAAUACUAUUUUCAAAAUAUGAAGGCAUCGUUGAUAAGAACAAUUUAAACAAAUCAUACUUCAUUUUAGAUAAGGGGGAAGAAAUGAACGAAGAUGAUCAAUUAUCUUUAUUAUUUGGAAAAUUUAAUCUUGAGCAGGCCAAAGAUAUCAUCGCACCUGGUAAAGAUAAAUUUUCGGUGGAUUACAUUACCAAGCGGAUAAUAGAACAAACUAUCAAGCAAGGUAGCAAGUCUCUUGACUUCAAAGUCAGAGUAAAUAUCGGCAAGCAACUCUUUUAUCCGGCAAAUAGAGAAGUUUUGGAACUUCCAGAAUCGAUUCCUCUCCACGAACUCCUUAAAUAUGAGAUCGGUUACAAAAAAGAUGUUAAAACUACUUUUAUGAAUCAUAUAUCCUUGGAAGUAGCAAAGAUUAUUGAAAAUCGCCUAGUUGAAUUGGAAUAUCAAAAAAGUUCCGAAAUUAUUCAGAGAGCAUCCAUUCAUUUAAUUGAUAACCAAGCUGAAAAACGUUUUAUUGUUUCUACAAAUAUUACAUCAGAUGGUAAAUUAAUACCUCGAGAAUUUAAAGCUGAAAACGAUAGACUUCUUUUCUACUCCUUUGUUGGUCCAAAAUCUACCUUGGAUUUUCGGUUCAAAGUUCUUUCUCAACAACCACCCAUAACUAAUAUACCUUCUGGACUUUUUAAUACUAUAAAAAAUGCUACUUACAAUCUUGGCACAAAAAUUCUCACUUUAGAAGAUACCUCUAAUUACCUCUUCACAAUUGCACGUAUCAAGAUUAAACGUAUUUUUACUAAAUGCAAAGAUGAAUUUUCGAAUGGUAAAAUUAAAGUAUCGAUUUCUGAAGUAUAUGAAGAUGGAAUAAAAGAUGUACAAGUAACUAUAACUAGCGAAGCAUUACAAAAGGUUAUUGAAAAGAUGAAACAUUCUAAUAUGGUAGAUGAAAAAUUGAAGGCGGCCACCCAAAACCCGGGUCAUGUGAUUGUCUAA